AUGCCAAAACGUCAUAUACAACGUCCAUUAGAAUAUCGUAUUAUAGUCAUAGGUGAUACAGCAGUAGGAAAAACAUCUCUUAUUGCGCGUUAUGUUCGAAAUGAAUAUCCUUGUCAUAGUCGUUCUCAUAUUAAUACUGAUGGUUCAACUAUAUAUCCAACUGUAAUUGAUGGUAAUGAUUGUAUAUUAAUAUUUUUUGAUAUAUCAACAAUAUAUGAUAUACAAAAAAUGAAAUUUUCUGAUACAAUUCCAACAGCAUGUUUUAUAAUAUUUUCAAUAACAGAUCAAAGAAGUUUUUCUAAAUUAAAUUAUUUUCAAGAAACAAUUCGUUUAAAAUUUCCUAAUCAAUUAAUGUCAAUACCAAUUAUACUUAUAGCAAAUAAAAUUGAUCUUGAACAAAAUCGUGCUGUUAGUCAAGAAUCUAUUGAUAAAUUAAAAUCAAAUGGUUUUGAUGUAUUUGAUAUAAGUGUUAAAGGAAAUGUUGGUAUUGGUGAUGCCAUGUAUACAGCAAUUAAACAUUUACAAUAUGAACAACAUUAUCAUUUAGAAAAGAUCAAACCACAUAGUGCUUGUGCUUGCAUAUUAUCAUAG